AUGCCCUUCGCUCUCUCGACGCGCGACACGUUCCUUCUCGGCGCGGCGACCGGCGCGCUGGUCGGCGCCGCGGCGACCCUCGGCUCCCUCGCGUACCUCCACGCGCGGGAAGGCUCGCCGUGCCGCUGCCCAGGGCAAGCUGCCCUCGCGCGUGCAGCCGUCCGCCUCCUCCGCCUCUUCUCCUCCCCCCCCUCCCCCUCCUCUGCUGCCUCCUCUCCCGCCUCUGCGGGCCGCCCACCGUGUUCGUCCUCUCUGGACUGCUCUUCCCAGACUUGCGCGAGUGCCUGCGGCUCAGCGGGCGCCUGUGGCUCGGCGAGUUCGGCGACGGGCGCUGCCUCCCCCGCGGCCUUCGACACGGCGGCGGCUGAGGCGCGAGACUGCCCAGGGGCGGGCGGGGAGAGCGCCGGGAAGGCUGCGGCGUGCGAAGGGUGUCCCAACCGCGCGCUCUGCGCGAGCGGAGCCGCCGCGGAGGCCGCGCAGGCGCAGAAGUCCGCCGUCGAGGAAAUUUCGCAUCGCCUGAGGAACGUGAAGAAGAAGGUGAUGAUCCUCUCGGGAAAGGGCGGCGUCGGGAAGUCGACCGUCACCUCGCAGCUCGCCUGGACUGCCGCCUCGCGCGGCCUGAACGUCGGCAUCUGCGACGUGGACGUCUGCGGUCCGUCGAUUCCGCUCAUGAUGCAGGCGGUCCACGGCGAAGUUCACCAGUCCGCCGCAGGCUGGGAACCGGUCUACGUGCGCGACAAUCUCGCGGUCAUGUCCAUCGGCUUCCUGCUGCCCGACGCAGACGCGGCCGUUGUCUGGCGCGGGCCCAAGAAAAAUGGACUGAUUCACCAGUUUUUCUCGGACGUUCGCUGGGGCGAUCUCGACCUCCUCCUCAUCGACACGCCGCCCGGCACUUCCGACGAGCAUUUGUCGCUUGUCUCUCUCCUGAAAACCGACGGUGCGAUCAUUGUCACGACUCCCCAGGAGGCGGCGCUCCAGGAUGUGCGAAAGGAGAUAAAUUUUUGCAAGAAAGUUGGGGUAAACGUCCUCGGCGUUGUUGAGAACAUGGCUUCGUCCGUCUUCGCCAGUGUGAACCCCAAUGGCGCGAAGAGCAUGUGCAAGCAGAUGGAGGUCCCCUACUCGGGUGCGAUCCCCCUGGAUCCCUCGCUGCUUCGCGCCUGCGAGGCCGGCGUGGCGGCUGUGGAGGAGUUCCCCACGGAGCCUGCGAGCGAAGCUCUGGAGAAACUGGUUUCGGACCUCCUCACGCUUCUCGACUUGCCUCUCCACCGCGACGAAGAAGACUGA